AUGUUAAAAGAACGUUACUACUACUACUAUUGCUACUACUACUACUACUACUACUACUACUACUACUACUACUACUACUACUACUACUACUACUACUACUACUACUACUACUAUUGCUACUACUACUACUACUACUACUACUACUACUACUACUACUACUACUACUACUACUACUACUAUUGCUACUGCUACUACUACUACUAG